AUGCAAUUUAAAAUAUUUUGUGACGUAACAGGACUGCUUGACAAACUUCCAAUCAUUGAAGAGACGAUAAUAGGUAAAGGAAAUAAGUAUACAAUAUUUGCACCAUCAAAUCAAGCAUUUGAAAAUAUAGGAAAAUUAAGUGACGUUGCUAUCGAUAAUUUGUUAAAGUAUCAUAUUAUUCCUAAAGAAACGAAAUCAACUGAUUUCAUUGGUACUCAAUAUGAACAAACACUACUUGAUUCUCCUCAAUUUGUAAAAUUGGCAGCAAAGGAAAAGCAAAAACUUAUCAUUAAUAAAGAAGGGGAAGCUUUUACCAUUAGCAAUGGAAAUGGAAAAGUAGGAAAAGUGAUUAGUGCCGAUAAUGUCGCAAGUAACGGGAUCAUUCAAGUCGUCGAUGCAAUUGUCGAAUUACCAAAUAGUCCAACGAACGUAAUGAAUCAAAGAAAAGAAAUAAAUGAUUUUGGAAAAUUAAUCACUGCAGCAAACCUUGGAAAUUUAUUCGACGGAUUGAUAGGAGUCACAAUAUUUGCACCAUCAAACGAAGCGUUAGCAAAAUUGAAUCCUGAAUUACUCUCAAGCGACAAAGUAACGAGUAUCAUUCAACAUCAUAUUGUACCAAAAAAAGUAGUUUUUUCGGGUGUAUUAUUAGAAGGAGCUACGGACAACAUAAAAAGUUAUGAAGGAUCUACAAUUUCGAUUUCAAAAAAAGGAAAGGUGCUUUCGGUCGAUAAUUCAGUAGUAAUUACUCCCGAUAUUUUAUUAAAUAAUGGAAAUUUACACGUGAUCGACGAAUUACUUAUGCCACAUGAACUUAAACUCAUACCUAACGAGUCCGCAAAAGGACCACCAAAAAAUAGUUCAAACAAUUCACCAAAGAAAUCUACUCCAUCUGAAGAUGAACAUAAUAACGGAUCUACUUUAAUCACUGUUUCAAUAUUAGGAGGGUUUGUAGGUUUAUUUGCGGCCACUACAUGGAUAUUAAUACAUCUUAAAAGAAGACAAAAAAGAAAAUAUUUAGAAAAUACUACAACAUAUAACGAUGUUAAUAUAUUGCAAAUUCCUAGCGAUAACAAUAAAGAUAAGAAUUAUUCUGGCGCCACUCAAAAUAAUAUACACGGUAAUGCCAUUAAAGAUAGUAGAAAUACGAAUCAAGGCACGAUUGCUCCUAAUGAUGAUAACAUGGUUGUGCGAAAUUACGGAAGGAAUAUGAAUCAAGGUGCGAUUUCACCUGAAAAUCACAUGAUGGGAAAUUAUAUCAAUCGAGUGUAA